CAGGCUGCUGUAGUCGGAGAGGUGGUCGGUCGGCGGGUGCUGAAUGAGGAUGCAAACCUUUAACGGAGACUGUAGGAAAUAAACCAAUGAACGCGUGACAACGGGACGCUGUGGAGAAGCGUACUCGCAGACAAGUAGGGUCAUGGUGUGCGAGAUUUUAAUGUUUUCUGUGAGAAAUCUGAGAAGAUAGAGGAUUUGUUGUUAGUUCAGAAGGAGAGCGUUAAGCGCUUAGAAUAAGGUGCUGAAGAUUUUGGAAAAGACUGAGAAAAUUUUUGCUUUUAUUAUUACGCUGAAUGGACUUUUGAAUUACUGUCUUGCUGUCUCUGGUCAGCCAAAGGUCCGAGGAUGUCUCCACUCUUCGCGGAACCUGCAUUUAGCCCGCAAACCAGCCACUGACUGACUUUUUACGCACGGAGAAAGCUCGGUUCUCACACACUUUGUUUUCGUGUUUUUCUGGAUGAACAUUGCAAUACAUUUUCAAUGAUUCGAGAUCUGAGCAAGAUGUACCCCCCGGCGCGGCAUCCGGUCCCUCAUCAGCCGGGACAGCCGUUCAAGUUCACUGUCACCGAGUCCUGCGACCGGAUCAAGGAGGAGUUCCAGUUCCUGCAGGCGCAGUAUCACAGUCUGAAAUUGGAAUGUGAGAAACUGGCCAGUGAGAAAACUGAGAUGCAGAGGCACUAUGUCAUGUACUACGAAAUGUCAUACGGGCUGAACAUCGAGAUGCACAAGCAGGCGGAGAUCGUUAAACGGCUGAACGCAAUCUGCGCCCAAGUCAUCCCCUUCCUCUCUCAAGAGCAUCAGCAGCAGGUGGUGCAGGCAGUAGAGAGGGCCAAGCAGGUCACCAUGGCUGAACUCAACGCCAUCAUAGGACAGCAACUCCAGGCUCAGCACCUCUCUCAUGGCCAUGCCAUCCCUGUCCCGCUAACACCCCACCCAGCGGGCCUUCAGCCCCCUCUGCCUCCUGGGGCCAGUACUGCCAGCCUGCUGGCUCUGUCCUCUGCCCUGAGUCACCAGCUGCCACUCAAAGAUGAGAGGAAGCAUCACGAUAACAACAGCGAACACACACGAGACAGAGACUCAGUCAAGAGCUCAUCUGUCUCUCCAUCAGCCAAUUUUCGAACUGGAGAGAAGCAUCGAAGUUCAAGCGAUUAUUCCUCUGACAGCAAAAAACAGAAGACAGAUGAUAAGGAGCUGACCUCCACACGCUAUGAAAGUGAUGGAGAAAAGAGUGAUGACAACUUGGUUGUCGACGUCUCCAACGAGGAUCCAGUGUCUCCCCGAGGAAGUCCUGCACACUCUCCUCGGGAGAAUGGGUUGGACAAAAGUCGCCUGUUGAAGAAAGACCCACCACUGAGCCCUUCCUCAAUUGCUUCUUCCAGCAGCACACCUUCCUCCAAGUCUAAAGAUAUUAAUAUGAAUGAGAAGUCAACAACUCCCGUGUCCAAGUCCAGCACUCCCACAUCCCGCUCUGAAGCCCCCACACCCAGCAGUGCCUCCACCACAGGCCUGAGGUCUGCACCCAGUAAAUCAUCAGGAGUUGAGGCACUGACUCCUGGUCUUCGCACACCCCUGGCAGUGCCCUGCUCGUACCCUGGCCCAUUCGGAAUGGUUCCUCACCCUGGUAUGAAUGGAGAGCUGAGUGGAACAGGAGCAGCCUACACUGGCUUGCAUAACAUUUCCCCACAGAUGAGUGCAGUGGCCGCGGCCGCUGUGGCAGCCUACGGACGCACACAAGUGGUAGGAUUUGAUCCUCACCACCACAUACGUGUUCCUGGACUUCCUCCUAGCCUGUCGGGCAUUCCUGGUGGAAAACCAGCUUAUUCCUUUCAUGUGAGCGCUGACGGACAAAUGCAGCCUGUGCCUUUUCCUCCGGAUGCACUGAUCGGCCCUGGUAUCCCGCGCCAUGCUAGACAGAUCAAUACUCUCACCCACGGGGAGGUGGUGUGUGCCGUUACCAUCAGUAACCCUACACGUCACGUUUAUACCGGCGGCAAGGGCUGUGUCAAGGUGUGGGAUAUCAGUCACCCGGGCAACAAGACCCCUGUUUCCCAGCUGGACUGCCUUAACAGGGAUAACUAUAUUCGAUCCUGUCGGCUACUUCCUGAUGGACGAACUCUUAUCGUUGGGGGAGAAGCGAGUACUUUAUCAAUCUGGGAUUUGGCUACACCGACUCCUCGGAUCAAAGCGGAAUUAACUUCGUCUGCACCUGCAUGUUAUGCUCUGGCCAUCAGCCCGGAUUCCAAAGUCUGCUUUUCCUGCUGCUCUGAUGGAAACAUUGCCGUCUGGGAUCUUAACAACCAGACUCUGGUUAGGCAGUUCCAGGGCCACACAGAUGGAGCCAGCUGCAUAGACAUUUCUAAUGAUGGGACCAAGCUUUGGACCGGAGGUCUGGAUAACACUGUCCGGUCCUGGGACCUGAGAGAGGGACGCCAGCUGCAACAGCACGACUUCACCUCUCAGAUCUUCUCACUGGGAUACUGUCCAACGGGAGAGUGGCUGGCAGUUGGGAUGGAGAACAGUAAUGUGGAGGUGUUGCAUGUCACCAAACCUGACAAAUACCAGCUCCACCUGCAUGAAAGCUGUGUGCUGUCACUCAGAUUUGCGCACUGUGGGAAGUGGUUUGUAAGUACAGGAAAAGACAAUCUGCUAAAUGCAUGGAGAACCCCAUAUGGAGCCAGCAUAUUCCAGUCAAAAGAAUCAUCCUCUGUGCUGAGCUGUGACAUCUCCAUUGAUGAUAAGUACAUUGUGACGGGAUCAGGAGAUAAGAAGGCAACUGUCUAUGAGGUCAUCUACUAAUAGCUGUGCUUGUUAAACAAGAAGGCCAUCCUUCCAUCCAACCGUGAGGUCUCCUUCAUCUGUGUAAAUUUUUUUAUGUGUAUAGGAUAAACCUAAAAGGAACAAACCAAACAUUUUCUUGGACCAUGACUUCCUGACCUUCUGGCUAGUCGAGGAUCAAAACCAACAAGCGGACCCAAGCACAGAUCUUUUUUUUUUCCUUUUAAGUGACUUUGUGUUAUUGUGAGGAUGAGUGAAUGCUGUUGGGCUGUUAACAUUCCUUUAUGUUACCUUUCACUUAAGCCUCUUAUAUCAUUUUUCUUUUUUCAGUGUGUAGACUGUAAAACAAGCAUGACUGUUCACAUACAUACUAAUCUGCCUGUGUACUUUAUACAUACAUGGAGGCUAAAAUGUAUGCAAACUAGGUGGCAGAUCAGAGCCGUAGUGCUUCUGGGCUACUCUGGAAUAUCAACAGCCAACCUGCACACAACUAAUGCUGAUGGUGUAAAUAAAGGGGCAACAAUUUGGUUACUUUUUUGCCAUUUAUAUUGCCAUGUGUUUUGAGUCUGCAGCUGAGCUUUCUUCCCAUUUUGACAUCCCCUCAUUAUUUCUGUGCUUAACUGCAUCCUGCAGAAGUGUCGCCUUAAUUGUGACGAUGGCACAUUCAUCCAAAGGGUGCAGGACACACAAAAAUAUAGCACUUGCGCACAUGUGAAUGGGUUUUUUCAAGCAAAUAUAUCAGAGGCUCCGUUUUUUAAAUGGUAUCGAAAUGUGAGACAGUAUAUUCAUCUUUAAUUGGUUAGUUAUGGCUUGAAUUCAUGUACAGUGUGUUAUUUCAACACACUGAUUUUUCCUUCUUUGGGCUAUGAAUAUAUACACCUUUUUCUUUUUCUUUUAAAUAACAGUAAGAAAAAGCUUCCACCUGUGAAAAACAUCAACAAAUUUCAUAACAAUCUAUCUAAAAAGGUUGUGUCAGAGCUGCUUAAAAUAGUAUUGUCCAUCAAGAAUUAGUUUGGAAUAGUUUCUUAUUAAACAUGUUCAUAUAUUCAGUUUUUUUUAGAGAUAAGAUCAAUAAGACUUUCUGAAUGCUAGAUGCAGCCAGGAGGACUUAAGCCUGGCUCAGAUUAGUAUGGAUACUCAACUAUGCCUACUACAAGAUAUCUGGUCAUUGCUGUGAGAUUUUCAGGCAACAAGGAUUUACACCUAAAAAUAUCUGAUAAAGGAACACUGCAUAUGAAUAUGCAAAAUUUGGAGACAAGGGAUGAUAUUUCAGGUACCACAAGCUUUCCGGUUACCAUGUGUAGUUAGAAUUGAUCUAUUACUCUGAGGAGACACUGGUUGCAUAUACAUAAAAGUAUCCUAUUAAAUACAAUCUAGAAACUACUAGCUGUAGUCUAAUGAGAUAAUGAUCAUGGUUUUUGUUUUCAUUGUAUUUAUUAGCUUCAUUUGUAAUUAAUGGCUAUACUGGAUAGUCCAAACUGUUGGCUAUUGUUCCAUCAGGUGAUAAAUGAAAGGGUUCCUAGACUAACAGAGUGUAGUGCUGAUCUUCUAAUCCAUUCAUUCCCAAACUUAAAAAUGUUGCCAAACGAUUUGAAAUCUUAAAAUUUUGUGCGACCAGCCAAAAACAAUAAUCACAGCUCUCAUCAACACAUUUUCCCAACAACGAUGAGUUAGAAAAUACACAAAACAUAGGUAGAAUAAGCCAGUAACUUAAUUCAUCAGCUUGACUUUAUGAGUAUAUAUAUGAGUUCUGGUUAUGUUUUAAAAUGUAAAUAUAUAAACAUACAAUAUGAUCAUAAAUACUGUUUGGGGGCGUUUGGUUUAGGGCAGGCAAGCCCUUUCAAGACCCAAUUGAAAUACCUUUGAAGGCCACAAGGAGGCAGCCACAAACGCUUUGGGAAAUCACAGCUCUGAUCAAAAUCUUUGCCAAAAAAAAAGAAAAAGAAGAACUGUUCCUUUAAAUACCGUUGUUUGUUUACCUACAGCAUCAUUUUCUACCUGUGUUCCUGAAUUUGUUCUUGUAGUUCAGCUUCUGAGUGAAGUAAGAGCUGUUUGUGUGUGCGUGGGUGUGUGUGUGUGUUGUAUUUAUUUCUGUAUUUUCGACUCUGUGGGCACUGAACAAACUAACAGAAUUGCCCUCAAUGCCCUCUCUACUGACUGACUUUUGCACUGUCUCUGUCCCUUAGCUCGGACUUCUCUGGAUGCUCGCUGGCUUCCUACUGAUAGAUUUCAGUAAAACAGAUUUAUUGGUAUUUGGAGGUCAGUCACUCCAGCCUGGAUUUUCUGUUAAAACCUUUGGGAAAAACAAGUGGUCAGCGAUGUGGUCUUGAUUUGUCUUGGAUUUACGUCUGUUGGCUUGUAAAAAUAACACAGUGCCUUUACGCUAUACUUCUGCCCUCCUUUUGUCCUGCUGCGUUCAGUUACAUACGCAGAACUGAAAUGUGUCUCCUCUGUUGGAAGUGUUUUUGAGUGUCUUGGAACAUUUAAGGAUCCUUUUUAAUUACAAGGAUCAUUUAUCAACAGUACUGCUGAAAUGAUCACAAAUUUCCAGAACCAAACUUUAUUUCAAACACUUGGAACACACUAUUGACCAGUGGAGUUAACCAGAAAAAAUAACUAUUGGAGUUAAAAAGUGUUUAUUCUUUGAUAUUUGUUGCUGUUUUUAAGCUUUAAAAACUUGUUUGUUGCUUGUAAUUCAUUUGUGUUAUUACAUAGUUAUAACAUCAGUCCCACAUCACAUUAAUCUACAGGAAUGUAAACACAACACAAUAAGUUACUAGCACAGAUUUAUGUCACCAAGAUUCUAACCUAUAAUCAUCCAAUCAGGAUGGAUGCCAGCUUGUCCUAAACAGGCAUUUUAAACUUUCUUACUAAACCGAACUAUCAGGAGGCAUAUGUUAAACAGUAAUAAUUUUAAAUUGAGUGCCUAAACCCAAUCUCUUGGUUUAGCUACUGCCAGUAACUUUUGUUAGGUUAGGUUAGUUUGAUAUGAGAUUUUUAGUACUUUGGAGAAUUUGGCAACAAGAAAGACUGAUAUAGACUCGCUUUGUGGAUGUACUAGUAGUGCCUGUCAGAAUGAAUUUGAAGACUAUGAAUGAAACUGUUCUUAUAUUACUCAGAUCCAUCCUGUACUAUUGCUGAAUUCAUCUAUUUCCUUUUGAGGUAAAUGACAUGUUGCCAGCAACGUAUUUCUGUAACUCAUUGUUUACGCUUUUUGCUCUCAUUUCAUGAAAUGGGAGGGGGGGAAAAAAGAAAUGUGACCACAUUUUUUUAACUACUGUAAAUGACUGCUUUACUUUGAAAAUUGAUAAAGCACUCAUGCUUAGUGUUAACCUGCCUGAGAUCUACCUACCUAUCUUAUUUUAAUAAGGUCUUGAUUAGGGAUGUACUGAUAUAUCGGCAGAUUGUUUUAGGAAAAGAAAAGUUUAAAUUAAAUACAUUAUAUAGAAGCAUGUUGGCUAUGUGGCAGAUUGAAAGAAAGCCUUGUAAUAAAUGCACUGAUCUGAAUACAAAAAGACAUUUUACAGUAUGGUAUGUUGAGCUGACUGGAUUUCAUACAGGAGAGACUGUAUUGAAAAUAAUUUACUGUUAUGGCUGUUUUUUGUUUGUUUUUUUACACAGACACUGUACAUUUCGAAGGUGGUUAUAAAUAUGUUUUUUCACAUUCCUGUUUGCUAAAUUCAGCUAUGCUUUCUGAUCAAAAUGACGAUUCAUUCACUUUGCUGUCUUGAGUGCUCUUUUGCGCUUUCUGCUCUUGAAUGAAUAAAAUCUGGUGUCACCUCCUUGUACUAUCUUCAGUCUUCAUCUAGAUAAAACAUUAAAAAGGAAAAAAAAGGAAAUGCUCUUUGGUUGUAGUCGCUGUCAUGUCAAGAGUCAAAUCUGAAUGUUACUCAUCUUAUCUGACUGCUACAUGUUAGAAGGCUAAGAAGA